AUGAGGCUCGCUGACUGUUGGAAGCUUUGGCUCUGGGCAGCAAUGUUCCUGCUUCCUGUUUCCGCUUCCGUGAUGAGCAGGGACAAGCCAGAAAAACAGUGUCCUGUACUGAGAACAGAGGGACACCAGUUUACACAAGACAACAGAGAUAAACUUGAAGUUUCAGGUUUUGACCUAGGAGAGCGCUUUUCUCUGAGACAUAUGUUUUGUGAAGGUGAUAAAACCUGUUUCAAAUUGGGAAGUUCACUUCUUAUUAGAGACACCAUUAAGAUAUUUCCCAAAGGCCUUCCUGAGGAGUUCGCCAUAGCUGCCAUGUUUCGGGUGCGAAGGAGCGCGAAGAAGGAACGGUGGUUCCUGUGGCAGGUUUUAAACCAGCGUAAUAUGCCACAGGUUUCUGUAAUAGUUGAUGGUGGAAGGAAGGUGGUGGAAUUGAUGUUCCAAGCUGCCGAGGGAGAUGUGUUGAACUACAUUUUUAAAAAUCAAGAACUCCGUUCUUUGUUUAAUCGUCAGUGGCAUAAACUUGGCUUUGGUAUACAAUCCCAGGCCAUUUCGCUCUUUGUGGAUUGUAACUUAGUUGCAAGCCGGCAUACUGAUGCAAAGAGUACGGUGGACUUCCGUGGAAGGACUGUUAUUGCUGCCCGAGCUUCAGAUGGCAAACCUGUGGAUAUUGAACUUCACCAACUUCAGAUAUACUGUAACUGGAACUUCAUAGCCCAAGAAACAUGUUGCGAGAUAUCAGACAUUCAGUGCCCAGAGCAGCCUGGCUUUGGAGGUCCUGCAGCAUCACCAGCACCUGCUCAUGCCAGCAGAAUAUCUGCAUUCCUGCCAGCAAAGCAGGGACUCACAGACCAGUGCCAGUGCGUGCCACUCAAGUGUGACAGAAUAUGUGUUAACACAGAAUUCAUUUCUGCUCAUGGAGAAGCAGGCUCACCUGGACAGAAAGGAGAGCAGGGUGAAAAUGGUUUACGUGGCACUCCAGGCUUAUCUGGUCAAAAGGGAGAGCAAGGUUUUGAAGGCAGCAAAGGAGAAGCCGGUGAGAAGGGUGAACCAGGAGAGAAAGGAGAUCCAGGUUUGUCAGGCGUUAAUGGGCAAGAUGGUGUGAAAGGUGACUUGGGUCCUCGUGGUCCUCCUGGCCCAAAAGGAGAAAAGGGAGAUAUGGGACCUCCAGGACCACCAGCCUUAACUGGUUCCCUGGGGAUACAAGGCCCCCAAGGUCCACCUGGAAAAGAGGGUCAGAGGGGAAGACGAGGAAAACCAGGGCCUCCAGGAAAACCAGGGCCUCCAGGACCACCUGGACCCCCUGGAGUACAAGGAAUGCCACAGACUCUUGAUGGAUAUUAUCACAAGGGUAAUGUUGGUGAACAUGGAGCUGGUGGUCUAAAAGGAGAGAAGGGUGAAACUGGACCGCCAGGAUUUCCAGGAUCUAUUGGCCCUAAAGGUGAAAAGGGAGAAUCUGGGGAACCCUUUACAAAAGGUGAAAAGGGAGAUAAAGGAGAACCUGGAAUAACAGGAUCACAAGGAAUAAAGGGCGAGCCUGGAGAUCCUGGUACACCUGGUGUAAUUGGAAGCCCAGGACUAAAGGGUCAACAAGGACCUGCAGGCUCUGUGGGACCCAGAGGACCACCAGGAGAUAUUGGGUUACCCGGAGAGCACGGUAUCCCAGGCAAGCAAGGCAUUAAAGGAGAAAAGGGAGACCCAGGUGGGAUUACAGGUCCUCCUGGCCUUCCAGGUCCAAAAGGUGAGGUUGGUCCUCCAGGAAAAAGCCUGCCAGGGGAACCAGGAUUAGAUGGAAAUCCUGGGGCACCUGGUCCACGAGGCCCAAAGGGGGAAAGAGGACUGCCAGGUGUCCAAGGCUCGCCCGGUGAUAUAGGCCCCCCAGGGAUAGGAAUUCCUGGCCGAACUGGUUCCCAGGGACCAGCUGGAGAGCCAGGGAUUCAGGGUCCUCGAGGUCUCCCUGGGUUGCCAGGGACUCCAGGGACCCCAGGGAAUGAUGGAGCUCCAGGGAGGGAUGGAAAGCCAGGUCUGCCAGGCCCCCCAGGUGACCCGAUUGCACUUCCUCUCUUGGGAGACAUCGGGGCCUUGUUCAAGAAUUUCUGUGGCAACUGCCAAGCCAGUGUCCCUGGCCUGAAAAGCAACAAAGGAGAAGAAUCAGGCGCUGGUGAGCCCGGAAAGUUUGAUUCUGCAGCCCGGAAGGGCGAUCUAGGGCCACGGGGUCCUCCAGGAAUCCCAGGCAGAGAGGGACCAAAGGGGAGCAAAGGCGAGCGGGGCUACCCUGGCGUGCCUGGGGAGAAAGGUGAUGAGGGUCUUCAAGGAAUUCCAGGCCUUCCAGGUGCUCCUGGCCCCACAGGACCGCCUGGCUUACUAGGAAGAACGGGACACCCUGGCCCCAUGGGAACAAAGGGUGACAAGGGCAGCGAGGGGCCCCCUGGGAGACCUGGGCCACCUGGACCAGCUGGUGUGCCAUUCAAUGAAGGGAAUGGAAUGAGCAGUUUAUAUAAAAUCCAGGGAGGUGUGAGUGCUCCCAGUUACCCAGGGCCACCGGGACCCCCUGGCCCCAAAGGCGAUCCUGGCCCAGUGGGAGAACCUGGUGCAAUGGGGUUGCCAGGACUAGAAGGAUUUCCUGGUAUAAAGGGAGAUCGAGGGCCGGCAGGUCCCCCGGGAGCGGCAGGAAUCUCGGGGAAGCCCGGAGCCCCAGGCCCCCCAGGAAUUCCGGGAGAACCGGGGGAGAGAGGCCCUGCUGGAGACGUAGGUUUCCCUGGACCAGAGGGACCCUCAGGAAAGCCUGGAAUAAAUGGGAAAGAUGGAUUACCAGGUGUUCAGGGCAUCAUGGGUAAGCCUGGAGAGAGAGGCCCCAAAGGAGAACGGGGUGAUCAGGGAAUUCCAGGAGACCGAGGCCCACAAGGUGAACAAGGAAAACCAGGCCUUCAAGGGAUAAAGGGGGCCGUAGGUCCUGUGGGGCCCCCAGGAAACAAGGGCUCCCCAGGGUCCCCUGGGCAUCAGGGCCCGCCAGGCCUCCCUGGCCUCCCCGGCUCCCAGGCUGAUGUGGUUUCAUUUGAAGAAAUAAAGAAGUAUAUUAAUCAAGAAGUUCUGAGGAUUUUUGAAGAGAGGAUGGCUGUGUUCCUAUCCCAGCUCAAGCUCCCAGCAGCAAUGCUGGCUGCUCAAGCUCAUGGGAGGCCUGGGCCUCCAGGCAAGGAUGGGUUACCUGGACCUCCUGGAGACCCUGGACCCCAAGGCUACCGAGGACAGAAGGGAGAAAGGGGGGAACCGGGAAUUGGGCUUCCAGGGAGCCCAGGUCUUCCUGGGACUUCAGCUCCGGGCUUGCCAGGCUCACCAGGUGCCCCAGGGCCCCAGGGCCCCCCAGGACCUAGUGGAAGAUGUAACCCAGAAGAUUGCCUGUAUCCCGUCUCACAUGCCCGACAGCGAACCGGUGGGAAGUAA